UAGGAAGCGCCUUUUGCUCUGACUCUGCAGGUGUCCACUGGUGCUCGCCUGCGGGAUUCCCCCUCUCCCUCUCUUUCUCUCUUAGAUUGCUUCCCUCAAGGAAUCGGCUGCAACAACUUCACCAGCACAAGGCUGGGAGGCCGCUCCACACAGGAGGUUUGAAUUUACAUAGCAUCUAUAUAAGUGCUACAACAUUGGGAAUACGUGACUGACAUGGAUUCUUCAAGCUCUUGCCUGUGACUGUGUUUUCCAACAUGGCCCCCAAAAAGAAGACUGUCAAAAAGAACAAGGGAGAGAUCAAUGAGACGACGAUAAUUGUAGAAGACAGCCCCCUAAGCAAACUAAAUGCUUUGAAUGGACUUCUUGAGGGAGGCAAUGGUCUGAGCUGCAUUUCGUCUGAGUUAACAGACGCUUCUUACUGCCCCAACCUCUUGGAAGGGUUAAGUAAAAUGCGGCAGGAGAACUUCCUUUGUGACUUAGUCAUUGGCACCAAAACCAAAUCCUUCGAUGUUCACAAGUCGGUGAUGGCUUCAUGCAGUGAGUACUUUUACGACAUCCUAAAAAAAGACCCAUCUACUCAAAGGAUAGACCUCAAUGAUAUCUCACCGCUGGGCCUUGCUACUGUCAUUGCAUAUGCCUACACAGGAAAACUGACUCUCUCCUUGUAUACAAUAGGAAGCAUUAUUUCCACUGCGGUUUAUCUUCAGAUUCACACUCUUGUAAAGAUGUGCAGCGACUUUCUGAUACGAGAAAUGAGUAUUGAGAACUGCAUGUAUAUUGCCAACAUUGCUGAAACAUACUCUCUAAGAAACGCAAAAGCAGCAGCCCAGAAAUUUAUCCGGGAUAACUUCCUUGAGUUCUCAGAAUCGGAUAAGUUCAUGAAACUGACAUUUGAGCAAAUUAAUGAACUUCUUAUAGAUGAUGACUUGCAGUUGCCUUCUGAAAUAGUAGCAUUCCAGAUUGCAAUGAAAUGGCUGGAAUUUGACCAAAAGAGAUUGAAGCAUGCUGCAGAUCUCCUGAGCAAUAUUCGCUUCGGUACCAUCUCUGCACAAGACCUGGUCAACUAUGUCCAGUCUGUUCCAAGAAUGAUGCAAGACGCCGAGUGUCACAAACUUCUUGUCGAUGCUAUGAACUACCAUUUACUUCCAUAUCAUCAAAACACAUUGCAGUCUAGACGUACAAGAAUCCGCGGGGCCUGUCGCGUCCUUGUCACUGUUGGGGGCCGCCCUGGGCUUACUGAGAAGUCCCUUAGUCGAGACGUUUUGUAUAAAGAUCCUGAAAAUGGAUGGAGCAAGCUUACGGAAAUGCCAUCCAAGAGUUUUAAUCAGUGUGUGGCUGUAAUGGACGGAUUUCUUUACGUGGCUGGUGGAGAAGAUCAGAAUGACGCAAGAAAUCAAGCCAAGCACGCAGUCAACAAUUUCUGCAGGUACGACCCCCGCUUCAACACGUGGAUCCACCUGGCCAGCAUGACGCAGAAGCGCACGCACUUCAGCCUGAGCGUGUUCGACGGGCUGCUGUACGCCGUGGGCGGCCGCAACGCCGAGGGCAGCCUGGCAUCGCUGGAGUGCUACGUGCCCUCGGCCAACCAGUGGCUGCCCAAGGCCGGCCUGGAGGCGGCGCGCUGCUGCCACGCGAGCGCCGUGGCCGACGGGCGCGUGCUGGUGACGGGCGGCUACGUGGGCGGCGCGUACUCGCGCUCCGUGUGCGCCUACGACCCGGCCCGCGACGCGUGGCAGGAGCUGCCCGGCCUGCACGCGGCGCGGGGCUGGCACUGCGCGCUGGCGCUGGGCGGCCGCGUGUACGUGAUGGGCGGCAGCCAGCUGGGGCCGCGCGGGGAGCGCGUGGACGUGCUGUCCGUGGAGUGCUACGACCCGGCCAGCCGCCAGUGGAGCCACGCGGCGCCGCUGCCCGUGGGCGUGAGCACGGCGGGCGCCUCAGCGCUGCUGGGCCGCGCCUACCUGCUGGGCGGCUGGAACGAGGGCGAGAAGAAGUACAAGAAGUGCGCGCAGUGCUUCCAGCCCGAGCUCAACGCGUGGACCGAGGACGACGAGCUGCCCGAGGCCACCGUGGGCGUGUCGUGCGCCACGCUCUCCAUGCCCGGCCACGCGGCCCGGGAGUCGCGCGCCAGCUCCGUGUCCUCGGUGCCCGUGAGCAUCUGAGGGAGGCCCGACCCGCCUGGCUUGGGGCUCCCGGGGCGGCGGGAAAGAAAAGGGAAAGGAGACGGUUGCUACACGUUUGCUACAAUGUUGCACGCGCCGGUGUCUCCAGGCGCGCGUCGCGGGAUGCUGUGGUCUACCUCUGCCGGGUUUUCCUUGAGCCGCUGAUACUGUUCUUGAGCGGU